UGCAUGAAACUUAAUCAAAAUGUUUCAUCAACAUCAAUAGAAAUAUAUUAAUAUUUAAUAAAACCCAUUCAGUCGCGUCUUUGAUGCCUAACAUCAACAUUCGUCUUGUGUAUAUAUUAUAUACAUAUACUUUAAAUACAUUUGACGUAUGCGGUGAUAAAAUAUUGACGAUUAAUAGGUGUGUUUUUUGAAAAUAUGAAACGAAAGUAGCCUCUUGGAAGUGAAAUAUCAUUUCGACAGUCGGACCUAAUGAUCUAAAAGACAUGGAAUAUGACGAUGAGGAAGUAAGACCGGCUUCGACGAGAGCGUUGUUAAGGCAACAAGUGGAGGAACAGAGUGACCUAUGUGACCUUGUGGUCAAACAUGGACUCUGGUACAGGCGGUACCACGCCUGUGUCCUGUGUGCUAGUCCUUUCGUCCAGGCUAUGAUUAGAAACAACUUUGAUGAAAAGACUAACGGGUUUUUGGAGCUGAAUCUUGGGUCGCCUGAGUCCAUCGAUAUGGCGAUUAUGUUCUUGUAUGGAAAGUCUCCCAAGUUGACUAUGGAUAACGUAUCCGCCUUGAUCAACCUGGCCGAGUUUCUGUUGGUUCCAAACCUGAAGGCGUUUUGUAUAGAAUGGAUAAAAGAGAUCGAUGUAAGUGAAGACAACGUAGAGAAAUUGCUCCAUCUCACAAGCCUUUUUGAUUUUGAAAUGCCCCAAUUGACUGAAUACCAUAGGCAGCAUAUGACAGAAUUGUUUGAAGGCAAUCAGUUACUGACAAUCACGGCUGAAACACUUGUACAUAUAUUGUCGGAUGAAACCCUGUCUUUUCUAACGGCGGAUAUAACGUUUGGAUUCCUUAUGAAGUGGGUAGAGCACUUCCCCGAACAGAGAAAAUCAAAGCUGGGUGAAAUAUUAUCGUGCAUAGAACUGACAAAAGUAAAUUCCUCGCUCAAAGAAAUGGCAAAAAAGGACCAAAACUUUGAAGCGUUCAGUAGUCUAUUUGAAACCGUAGCUUGCAAUGAGAAUACAGAAACAAUGCAAAGUGUAUUAGUCACUCACAAAGAACAAGCUUAUGGAGAGUUCUGGCUGUUUGAUCUUGGGAGGGAAAGAUGGUUCAGAAUAGAAACGAGUGCUGACAAAAGGUUCGACAAAAUAUUUCCAUGUACAAUCAAUGAAUCAACUCUUUGUCUUGUGGAGUCCACAUAUAACAAUUGUACAAUACGUCUUCAUGAUUUUACAACCGACCAGUUCUCCUGCACUUCCCUCCUUCUUACUACUUGUCAUGAUCAAAAUUCACAGAAAUUCGAUGAUAUCUUUAUUUCUGGAAAUCAUUGUUAUGUAAUCUCUGUUCAUUCUGUGAAUUUUACGAUAAGCGAAGAGGAACAAGUCCGCAUGAAAAUCGCGAAUGAGCAACGAUUGCGCCUGAUGUCAGUGUUGGGUGGUUCUAUUACGAUGAUGGAUUCUCUCGAUAUGGUAGCAGGAGUACACACAUACUCAGUUCUAAAAUCUACCCUCUUUUCAGGAGCACUCAGCGAAGAUGGUGAGCAAACAAUAUUGGCACCACUGUUUUCAUUGAACGUAAACUUUAGAGUGAAAGUUGUUGUAAAUGAUGCAAAAUUGAUAGCACUUUUUUCCGAAAAUGGCAAUUACUUUUGCAUUUAUGACGAAAUUUCCUGUACGAUGAAAAAGAUGGAACUUAAAAUAAGUCAUAAUGACGAGGUUAGUCCUUUCAAGGACGGAUUCGCUAUAUACAAUACAAAGAAGAUUAUGUAUAUAAGAUCAAAUAAAGGUCCUCUCAUUGAAAGGAAAUUGACAGUUCACGAGACAGUUCUCUGCGACGACGGUUCCCAUUCGUUUGACACACUUGCAAUGACUGGAACCAGGUGGCUUCGUUAUAGAAGAGUUUAUGGAAAACAGCACGAGGUACAUUUGGAUUACACUUUUGAUGAGUUAGGAAGGAAAAAUCCAAACGAUGCCGAAUGGAAACAAAUCCCCCUUCCGAAUGAUUCCGCUGUUGAUUCUUUAGUAAGCGGAAUGCAAGAAAUAGCGAUUCCCAGCUCGAAACUGAAAUGCCACGUGGAGUGUCCGCACUGUGUCCGAAUCAAACAGGAAAAACGCAGCACAAGACGAUCUGCUGAGAAAAGAAAAAGGCCAGAUUGGAGCACUGAUGAUGACGAUUCUGAUGAUGAUGUUUACGUUGGAGGUUAUUCCAGCAGCUAUUUUUAUGACAGUGAUGAUGAUUAUUAUUACAGUUCAGAUUAAACUUGCAGAGUGCUACAUGUACAUAAUGUAUGUAAUUUGCAGAAUUAUAAGAACUGAGAGAUAAGUGAUAGCAACAAGGCGAUUCUAAGAUAUCCGUGUGUAGUUUUAGUACUGCUUGAUUUGGAUGGCAAUGGACCAUGAUGAAGUUGAAUGUUAAAAUCAUUUGAAAAUGUUCAACAUAUAGCUAAAUAACAAUUGCAACCAGUAUGGCAUGUUUAGCACCAUUUAUAAAUUAUAACAACUUAGACUGAAAGUUGAAAUAUAAAUGAUUAAGUAGAUCCGUGUUAAAUGUUUAGAAGUUGGGUUUGGCAAUCUGACCAAAGAUUUAAAGAAUUCGUAUGCAUUACCUUUAUGAAAAAUCUAUGUAGAUGGGCAUAAUUCUUAAGAUGUUUUAGUCAUUUUAGCAGAUUUAAUUACUACUUUUCAAGACUAUUUGCAAAUUUACAGUUUAAUUAUAGUACUAGUACACUCAGAACUUCACGUGAUAUCAUAACAGUUUAAUAUAGUACUAGUACACUCAGAACAUCACGUGGUAUGAUUACAGUUUGAUAUAGUACUAGUACACUUAGAACAUCACGCGGUAUGAUUACAGUUUGAUAAAGUACUAGUACACACAGAACAUCACGUGGUAUGAUUACAGUUUGACAUAGUACAAGUACACUCAGAACAUCACGUGCUAUGAUUACAGUUUAAUAUAUGAUAUGAUGUUUUACAAAUGAGCAUGUUAUUAACGAUAUGUAUAUAUGGCUAGGCCCUGUUUUCUGUACACACAAACUAACAGUGAAAGAAGGAAAAGUAACAUAUCACAUUUUAACGUAUAUCAUGACUCGCAUCCAUAACGAAAACUGAUUAUUAUUAUUUGUACUAUACUAAAAAUACAUAUAUUUAUAAUUUACCGUUUAUUACAUCAAAUAAAAUAUUCUUAUCUUCAUACAGUCCAAACUCGCUAUAUCGACGUCGGAUAUCUCGACUUUCCGGUUAUGUCGACUUUUUUCUCCGGUCCCGAAUUUAUUCCUUCAUAUUCUAUAUAAAAGAAAUCUGCUUUUGUCGAUUUUUAUUUCUCGAUUUUUUUUAGCUAUGUCAAACCUAAUAUUUCAGUCCCUGUGGUUGAAUUUCACACAUUUUCCAUGUUUCUUAUGUCGAAUUGAAGAUCUAGUUGUAGGUGCGAAAGUAUUUAUUACGGGUUGCGGCAUGUCGCUUUAUGACCGUGCGUGUGAAAAUAACAAACUGUCAUGAUUGGAGAUUUAUUGGUAUAUGGGAAUAAUUAAAGUUGUUUGAUUUUGCUCAAGCCAUUCAUUGUACUGCAAAAGCUAUUCAUUGUACUGCAAAAGGACGCCGAUGACAUCGAAAAAUUCGACAACAUUGAAAGUUACGUGACGAAUUUAUUUCAGAAAUAAAUUUAAUAAAUUCAAUUUACUGCACGUACAAAACAAACAGUCAUAACAAAAGUACUCAUUUAAGUUGUCCUAUUUGCUCUACUGUUUUCAUACAAUGUACAAGUGUGUGUGUAAUUGUGGUUUUAUAUCUGUUUUAUGUAAUCCAUAAACGUGAAUUA